UGGUCAUCCCUCUCCCGUGUUUCUCCCAACUUAUUUGUUUAUUACAGGAACACGAGCUGAACAAUAGAGAACCCUGGAUUGUUUUCCUCCUCGCCAAUCAUAGUCUCGUUAAGGAAAGAAGGCAUCUUCUCCAAUUCAAACGGGUCAACUAAUCUGCUUCCAUGGCUAGUAGAAUAAUUGCGCAGUUCAUUGUGAUGGGUUCUGGGAUAUUGGGUCGUGCUUUCUUUCAAGCCUAUCGUCAAGCCAUUGCUAAUGCAUCUAAAACUGGCGUUGCACAGGAAGCAAUCCAGAAUGCAGUACGUAAAGCAGGAAAAGCCAUUAAUGCGCAAGAGGCUAGGCAGAUUCUCGGUGUAACCGAGCGGACCUCUUGGGAAGAGAUUUUACUGAAAUACGACAAGCUGUUUGAGAAUAACGCGAAAGCUGGGAGCUUUUACCUUCAGUCGAAAGUUGUUCGAGCCAAAGAAUGUCUCGAAGUUGUGCACAGGACCAAAGCCAAUUAAUACUUUAAUCCUUUUCUUCUUAUAGAUUUUAUUUUUUUAAUGUAAAAUCCAAGACGAUGUCUCGCAGUUAUUGCCAUAGUUUUGGUCACCUCUUACUUGGUAAUAACGAAGAGGGCUUGCUCUGUUUA